UUCAAUUCUUUUUCUCUCGUUUCUUAUUCUCUACUCUGUCCGGAUUUUGCCCAUAACUUCUUCUGUUUUUCUUAUUUCGGUUUCCACAAUGGUCUAGUUACAGCCCACGUGAAAAUCAUUACCAUAAGUGUUUUUAUUAGUUUUGUUAUUAGACAUUCCAAUAACUUCACUGUACUGUGCCAGGAUAAGUGUAGCUUGAUGAUAUAAUAUAAGAUGCUUUUGGGACCUCAUUUUAUAUAAAUAAGAUUAACCUGUGAUAUACACGCUGCAAGGCCGCAAUGUGGAGCUUCUUCACUCACAAAUAAUCAUUUCUCUUCAUUGAAUGUAGACGUACCCUCUCUUCAAAUAAAUAAAACCACAACACAUUUAGAAGAACAAACCAUUCAACAGAGAGAUACGAGAGAAAAAGAAGAAGAUCUAAUCCAUGGGUGGCGCCACAAGCAAGCAAAAGAGAAACACUGCUAGGAUAAGUAUCAAGGGGAGAUCAAUUGAAGAGAGGAGGAGACCAACACGAAGAGAGCUGGAUGAGAAAGAGAGAGCCAUUUCGGCUUUGAAGAUGGCCGAGACAGAGUGGAGGAAAGAGAGGAAGAAUCUGAGAGAAGAGGUGAAGAAGCUGAGGCAAAAGAUGCAAGAGAAAGAAGAAGCAAAGGCGAAACAGCACGAGUGGGAAUGGGUCGUGGAACAGAUGUGCUUAGAGAGAGCUGUGAGGGAAGAAGCUGUGGUGAGGUGGAAACAACUCUAUUUCGCUAUUAAGACUGAGCUUGAUGAUCUGAUCCACACAACAUAUGGAAAGACACUGCGACAGAACCCGCAGGAAGGAGAAGCAAAGAACACAGUGCAAGAACUCAGGAAGGAAGUUAAAGUUAGGGAAGAAACCAUUGAGACACUCAAAGGAAGGAUGGCUUUGAUGGAGAAACAAAGAUACGAGAAGGAAAGAGAGAUCGACAUACUGAGACAGAGUCUACGCAUCCUCGGCAGUAGCAGCUGGAAGAACAAGAACCUGCCGACAAUCAAAACAAAAGUCAUCGCAUGUAAAUGACAGUUCUUUAGUCAUAUAUUGAAUUACUUUCCCACAGGAUCGUUGAAUAAGUAGUGGACUCAGUAAGGUUCAAGUCACUGUAAGCCAUUUCGUUCUGUAUAUACUCCACAAGUAAUAUA